AUGCAAAAUGAAAAUCCUGAACCCAGUAAGGAAGACAAUACUAAUACUUCUUACACCAAUGGUAAUGAUAAGGUAAACAAUGGAGGAAACAACUAUAACAACUACAACAAUUAUAAUAAUAGAAAUUCCUACCACAGCAAUAAUUACUCCAGAAAUUAUCAACAAAGAAAUACUGGAGGGAGGUAUAAUAACCCAAAUAAGUUUAACAAUGGGGGGACUCGUGUCAAUUCCAAAAAUGUUAACCAACAAAAUAAUUAUAACAACUACAACGCAUCUGGGACCAAUAGAUACAUGAAUAACUAUAAUAAGCACAACAGAAACCAAAAAGGAACUCCGGGAAUAAACCCAGCUGCUGCAAUGCAAUGGGCCGGCUAUUAUGGUAAUCAAAUGUACUAUUUCCCACAAGGUAUGGCUGCCAUGGGUAACCCAGCUGGUAUGGAUAUGGCUGCUAUGAUGGCUGCACAACAAGGUAUGAUGACUUCACCACAACCAGGUGUCACAGCAUCUGAAACACCGUCUCCACCCCCUAUAAAGAUUGAAAUAACAAAGAAGACUGGUGAACACUUAGACCUUGAUGAGAUUCGUGCACAACAUAAGGCAGCAGCGGCAAAUAAGGAAAAAUCCCCCUCUGCAAGCAUUGAGAAUGAUGUGGCUGACAAAAAGGAGUCGGAGAAAGAAGGCAGUUCCAUUGUAGAAUCGAAAGACGAAGAGAAAGAUAAACAAGAAGUUAAUGCUACAAAACCAGAACCUGAACAAAAAGAAGACGCCUCGGAGGUUAGACGUUUGUUUCUUGAACAGGUUAAGCUACGUAAAGCCGCUAUCGAAAAAGCGAAACGUGGAGAAAGUACAGAGGCAUCUGAGGCAUCUGAUUCUACUGAUAAAGCUGUAGGGAACAAUGAACCUUCUACCGAUGAAUCUGAUUCUAAUAAUAAAGAUGCAGAAAAUAGUGAAGACCAAGACACAUUUUUUGACAGUAAAGACACCAUAACUGAGAAAGAUAAUGAACUAGAAUCAGGAUCCAAGGAUUCUUCACCAAGGCCUUUGACUUUUGCAGAAAAGCUAAAAUUGAAAAAGAAACAAACAGAGGAACAUAAAGAAGAAGACUCUAACAAAGAAGAACAUGAACAAGUUAAUAUCGACACUACAGAAAAUUCUGGCGAUAACAAUCAGCAUGUCAACGAAGUCGAAUUGGAAUCUAAAGAAAAGAAUGAGAGCGAUGUUCCGAUAAUAAAGAAAGUUACUUUGGAAGAACCAAUCAAAGAUACUACAGAAACUGUCGAGGGAGUUACUAACGAUGAAGAGAAUGUUACUGGACCGCUUGCCAAGCAGCCAGCUGACAUCUUGACCAUGACUGAAUUUUUGGCAAAGUUAAAAGAAGUUGAACCAGUCGAUGACAUCUAUACCUUCACAUACCCACCUGAAUUUGAGGAACCAGAUCCAAAAUACAAAAAACAAACGGUUAAAUAUACAUAUGGACCAAGCUUUUUACUACAAUUCAAAGAAAAAGCUAGAGCCUUCCCAGAUGAUCCUUGGCAAUUAAGCACCGCAGCUAAAAUUGUCAUCCCACCAAGUAUAUCAAAGUCUAAAUCAAGAGAUUCCAAUCGUUUUAACAAUGGUCCAUCUGGUCGUAUGGGUGAGUUUAGAAACGGAUCAAUGAGAAAUAUGGAUAUGCGUAGCGGUUCUAAGGUUUCAUCCAAAAGAAAAUCCAAGAGAAUGGAUGAUAGGAAGUCAACUAGAACAUCUUACACAUCAAGAAAAGACCGUGAAAGGAUGGCUGAAGAAAACAGAAGGGAUGAACCUAAGGUGGAAGUGGCUCCUCUUGUACCAAGUGCUAACAGAUGGGUUCCAAAAUCCAAACAGAAGAAAGAAACUGAAAAGAAGUUGGCACCAGAUGGCACAGAGCUACUAGAUAAGGAAGAGAUAGAAAGGAAGAUGAAAUCCUUGUUGAACAAGUUAACCCUGGAGAAAUUUGAACCUAUCUCUAACGACAUCUUAGCCAUGGGUAACCAAUCGAAAUGGGAAACUGAAGGUGAGACCUUGAAGCUAGUCAUUGAACAAAUUUUCCUCAAAGCUUGUGACGAACCACAUUGGUCUUCCAUGUAUGCACAAUUAUGUGGUAAGAUUGUGAAGGAAUUGGACGCUUCCAUUUAUGAUAAUACCAAUGAGGGUAAGACUGGUCCAAAGCUGGUUUUGCACUACUUGGUUGCAAGAUGCCACACCGAGUUUGAAAAAGGUUGGACUGAUAAAUUACCAACUAAGGAAGAUGGUAGCCCAUUGGAACCUGAAAUGAUGUCUGAUGAAUACUACCAGGCAGCUGCCGCUAAGAGAAGAGGUUUAGGUCUAGUCAGGUUUAUUGGUUUCCUAUACCGUUUGAAUCUGUUGACUGGAAAAAUGAUGUUCGAAUGUUUCCGUAGACUAAUGAGGGAUCUUACUGGUAACCCAUCAGAGGAGAUUCUAGAAUCUGUUGUCGAACUAUUAGAGACUGUUGGUGAACAAUUUGAAACCGACAGCUUUAGAACGGCUAACGCAACGCUUGAAGGCUCUGCAUUAUUGGAUAGUCUAUUCCAAAUCCUACAAAGCAUUAUUAAUGAAGGCAAGAUAUCAAGUAGAAUUAAAUUCAAAUUGAUCGAUGUUAAGGAAUUGAGAGAAUUAAAGCAUUGGAAUAGCAGUAAGAAGGAUGCUGGUCCAAAGACUAUACAACAAAUUCAUGAAGAAGAAGAGAGGCAACGUAUGUUGAAGAGUAAUUCUAGACAAAGUUCAAGACGUGUAAAUAACAAUUCCAUGGGUAACCAUAAUAACAGAGAUAGAGGCUUUUAUAGAAGAGAAAACACCAUGAAUUCGAGAGACAAUUUCCAGUCUACACGCUCUCCAUCCACCAGAUAUAACUCAAAAGAUACAAAAGAAGAUCAAGCUCCAGCUCCGAAAACUACGAACAUGUUUAGUGCGCUAAUGGAUACAGAUGAAGAAGAGUAG